CCGCUAAUUGGAGGCGGACCCUGCCUAAAAGAACGAAAUCGAAUUCGGCCGCGCGACACGAUCGGACGAGAGAUGCCGAAAUGGAGCUGAGCGCCGACGCCGCCCUGCAGGAGGCCAUCGCUCGCGCUGAUUUUGUGGGCGGCAUCGACAACGAGGCCUUGGACUUCAGCCAGCUGGAGGACUUCAUCAACGGGGACAAUGACCCCUCCAACAACUACUUUGCCGACACGCUGGCCAACAACGAGAAAGUGGUGGCGCCUCGAAUGCUGGUGCCCCCGCCGCCUCCGCCGCCCCCGGUCUACAAACCUCACCACGACGCACCCUUUGUUCCACACCCACACAACUUGCCCGAGAGCCCUCCCGACUCUGGUUCGGAGCCGCCGUACUCGCCCCAAGAGCAAGGGGCGCACUCGCCACAGCAAAACAAGACGGCGAUGGCGUUGCCCGACAUGCUGAUCCACGACUCGUACAAGUUGGCCGCCUCGCUGUUCCCGCCGCCGGCCGCCCCCCUGCCGGCCGCCAGCCCCCUCGUCCAGGUACCCCAGCAGCUCAGCAACCCCGUCUACACCACCCUGCAGCCAUCGCAGCAGGCCAAGAAGAGGAAGUUGUCCGACGGCGCCAACAACGUCCAGGUCAAGCAGGAACCAGUCAAAUGCUCCCCGGAGUUGUCACCGGACUCGAGUUCGAACCACACGGGCGUGACCGCAACCGUGCUCGACUCGCAGGACGACUACAGUUUUGACAUGGCGAGCAGCGACGCCAGCUACCUGGACGGCGCCUACCAGUGCAUCAGGUUCCAACCCUUCCAGCAGACCUCCUGGCACACCCUCUGCGACCACGAGUUGAAAGAACUUCCUGUUCCGCACUACAGGGUGGACGCGGACAAAGGCUUCAACUUCUCAAACGCCGACGACGCGUUCGUGUGCCAGAAGAAAAACCACUUUCAGAUCACGUGUCACGUGCAGCUGCAGGGGGAGGCGCACUUUGUGAAGACGGCCGAGGGCCUCAAGAAGAUCACCAGUUUCCACCUGCACUUCUACGGGGUCAAGGUCGAGUCGCCCACGCAGACCAUCAAGGUCGAGCAGAGCCAGAGCGACCGCAGCAAGAAACCCUUCCACCCCGUCCUAAAUAAUAAAGCGCCAAGUGUUUGCUCCAGGGUUGACCUGCACCCCGAGCAGCUGACCAAGGUCACGGUGGGCCGGCUGCACUUCAGCGAGACCACGUCCAACAACAUGCGCAAGAAGGGCAAGCCGAACCCUGACCAGCGCUACUUCUACCUGGUGGUCGGCCUGCACGCCCACUGCGCCGGCGACUGCGACUACCCCAUCGUGGCGCAGGCCUCGGAACGCAUCAUCGUCAGGUUUUUCUCGAACGUGAAGGCGUCAAACCCCGGCCAGUUUGAGAGCGACGUUGAGCUGGGGUGGCAAAAGGGCCAGACGGCGGACUCGGUGUUCCACGCUGGCCGCGUCGGCGUCAACACGGACCGGCCGGACGAGGCCCUGGUCGUGCACGGCAACCUCAAGCUGACCGGCCACCUGGUGCAGCCGAGCGACGUGCGCGCCAAGGAGGCCAUCGUGGAGACGGACACGCGCCAACAGCUGCGCAACGUCCAGCUCCUGCGCCUCGUCAACUUCCGCUACGCCCAAGACUACUGCGCCCACGCCGGCGUCCACGGACAGCCCGCGGACACGGGCGUCAUCGCCCAGGAGGUGCAACGCGUGUUGCCCGAGGCGGUGAGCUCGGCGGGGGCCGUGGUGCUGCCGAGCGGGCGCCGCAUCGACGACUUCCUCGUUGUCAACAAGGACCGCAUCUUCAUGGAGAACCUCGGCGCCGUCAAGGAACUCUGCAAGGUCACCGACAACCUCGAGUCCAGAAUCGGUCAGCUCGAGAAAAUGCGCGCCAAACGGGUAGACUCGCUCAGCAGCGCCGGAUCUGUGACGCAAAAACGAAGAAGGGCGCCUGACGAGUCGCUUUGGUGCUCCAACAGGCUGAUCCAGGUGACCCUAAUGCUGCUAAUGUUUAUUAUGGCCUUUUGCCUGGUUGCCAUGGCGACUCUCUACUUCCUCGAGUACCAGAAGCGGAGCGACGUCGACCUCUUCAGGCACUCGUACAGCCAAAAGAUUUUGUCUGCGACGCGGCGGCCGACGAGCAGGCCGACCCGACUGACGAGCGUGGCGUCGGCGCCAACAAUGGUUUGGUUCACCUCGAAGGCGACGCCCACCCCCACCACCAAGAACGUGGUGGACGCCGAAAUCGACGCCGUCCACCAACCACUCGGCGAACCGCCCGACUGCCUUGACAAAACCUGUCCGGUCUAUUGUUGCCUCGGGGGCGCCAACGAGAACCUGGACGACGUUCGGACACUGUUUGACGUCACCCCCGGCAGCAACAAACUCGACUCUGAGUACUCCAAGGGCACCAGCAGCCCUCCUCCCGUCAAAGAGCGGCUCCGAAGUUCGAGCAAUGAAGUUUUGGUUCGCAGAAGGCGCAGAGAAACAAGCCAUGACACAAACGGACUCUCUUUCUCUGAACUGGGAGUGCUUGGAAUCCAGUUGUCCGGACGCCACUUGAACGUGUCUCUGGGGCCGUCGUUCUGCGACCACGAUUCCUCGGAGGUGGACAAGUGUCUGCAGGGGGUGGCGGCCAACACAAGUCUGGUGGUGCCCCUGAGCGCGCACCUCCCGCACGCGCACCUCGCCCUCUCCUUCACGCUUCCGGCGUCGCUGCAGGAGCCGGUGGAGGAGUGCGAGCCUCUGGUGGAGGCGGCGCCGUGUCCGGGCGUGCAGGCCGAGGCGCCCGGCCCCACCGUGUCCCCUCAGCACUUCACGCUCGACGUUUCGCGCUCCGUCUCGGCGCACUUCCGCUUCAGGGUGCCUCUCACCUCCCUGCAAUACGACGUGUGCAAAGCGGCGGCGACCAAAGUGGGCUCGGACUUUCUGGAAGUCAACAUUAAUGUGCACCGAGUGUGCGCCGAAUAAAGACGGUCCCGAUGUGAUAAAUGACGAGCUAUUUUUCCACCCCUUCCCUCUGCACCAAUAGCCGGCACCAUUUAGUCAUCGUACGUGUACAAACAAGAUCUCUGCUCCUACUAUUAAAUCCAGAUUAUUGUAUAAAAACAUUCAAAUGCUAAUUAUUAUUAUUAUUAUAUGGAAUAUAUCACAAUUGUAACCAGUCAUUUGUUAAGUUUUAUCGUGUACCUCGUAGAGAAUCAAUAAAAUUGUCUUUUUAAUUAA